GGGCGCCCGGCGCGGCUGAGCCCCCGCCGCCGCGAGCAUGUCGCCGGCCGCCGCCGCCGGCCGCCGUCGCCUCGGGCCUCGGCCCCCCGACCCCCGCCCCUGACCGCGCCGGAGCAGCGCCGAGGACCAUGGCCGGCCAGGGGGACUGCUGCGUCAAGGUGGCCGUCAGGAUCCGGCCCCAGCUGUCAAAGGAGAAGAUUGAGGGCUGUCACAUCUGUACCUCCGUCACCCCGGGGGAGCCCCAGGUCCUCCUGGGGAAGGACAAGGCCUUCACCUAUGACUUUGUCUUCGACCUGGACACCUGGCAAGAGCAGAUCUACUCGACCUGUGUGAGCAAGCUCAUCGAGGGCUGCUUCGAAGGCUACAAUGCCACAGUGCUGGCCUAUGGGCAGACAGGAGCUGGAAAGACAUAUACUAUGGGCACGGGCUUCGACAUGGCGACGUUGGAGGAGGAGCAGGGCAUCAUCCCGAGGGCCAUCGCCCACCUCUUUGGGGGCAUUGCCGAACGCAAGCGGCGGGCACAGGAGCAGGGCGUGCCCGGGCCUGAAUUCAAAGUCAGCGCUCAGUUCCUGGAGCUCUACAACGAGGAGAUCCUCGACCUGUUUGACAGUACCCGCGACCCUGACGCCCGCCACCGCAGGUCCAACAUCAAGAUCCACGAGGACGCCAACGGUGGCAUCUACACCACAGGCGUCACAUCUCGCCUCAUCAGCUCACAGGAGGAGCUGAUCCAGUGCCUGAAGCAGGGUGCCCUGUCGCGCACCACGGCCAGCACCCAGAUGAACGUGCAGAGCUCACGCUCCCAUGCCAUCUUCACCAUCCACCUGUGCCAGAUGCGCCUGUGCACCCAGCCCGACCUGGGCGGUGAGGCCAUACCUGGGCUUCCUGAGGGCACAGCGCCCGCGAGUGAGUAUGAGACCCUAACCGCUAAGUUUCACUUCGUGGACCUGGCUGGCUCAGAGCGCUUGAAGCGGACGGGAGCCACCGGCGAGCGGGCCAAAGAGGGCAUCUCCAUCAACUGUGGCCUGCUGGCCUUGGGCAAUGUGAUCAGCGCCCUGGGUGACCAGAGCAAGAAGGUGGUGCAUGUGCCCUACAGGGACUCCAAACUCACACGGCUCCUGCAGGACUCCCUGGGGGGUAACAGCCAGACCAUCAUGAUCGCCUGCGUGAGCCCCUCAGACCGGGACUUCAUGGAGACCCUGAACACGCUCAAGUACGCCAACCGGGCCCGCAACAUCAAGAACAAAGUGGUGGUGAACCAGGACAAGACAAGCCAACAGAUCAGCGCACUGCGGGCCGAGAUCGCACGUCUGCAGAUGGAACUGAUGGAGUACAAGGCGGGCAAGCGCGUGAUUGGGGAGGACGGUGCCGAGGGCUACAGCGACCUGUUCCAGGAGAACGCCAUGCUGCAGAAGGAGAAUGGGGCGCUACGACUGCGGGUGAAGGCCAUGCAGGAGGCCAUCGACGCCAUCAACAACCGCGUCACCCAGCUCAUGAGCCAGGAGGCCAACCUGCUCUUGGCCAAGGCCGGUGAUGGCAACGAGGCCAUUGGUGCUCUGAUCCAGAACUACAUCCGGGAGAUUGAGGAGCUGCGGACGAAGCUGCUGGAGAGCGAGGCCAUGAAUGAGUCCCUCCGGCGCAGCCUCUCACGGGCCUCUGCUCGCAGCCCCUAUGCCCUGGGAGCGUCUCCAGGCGGCCCAGCACUCGGAAGCCCAGCCAGCUCCAUGGAGGAUGCCUCUGAGGUGAUCCGCAGGGCCAAGCAAGACCUGGAGCGGCUCAAGAAGAAGGAAGUCAGGCAGCGCAGGAAGAGCAGCCCAGAGAAAGAAGCCUUCAAAAAGAGAGCGAAACUCCAGCAGGACAACAGUGAGGAGACUGACGAGAAUGAGGCUGAGGAGGAGGAGGAAGAGCGAGACGAGAGUGGCUGUGAGGAGGAGGAAGGGCGUGAGGAUGAAGACGAGGAUUCGGGCAGUGAGGAGAGCUUGGUGGACUCUGAUUCCGACCCCGAGGAGAAGGAGGUGAACUUCCAGGCAGACCUGGCUGACCUGACGUGCGAAAUUGAGAUCAAGCAGAAGCUAAUUGACGAGCUGGAGAACAGCCAGCGGCGGCUGCAGACACUCAAGCACCAGUAUGAAGAGAAGCUGAUCCUGCUGCAGAAUAAAAUCCGCGACACACAGCUGGAGCGGGAUCGCGUGCUGCAGAACCUCAGCACCAUGGAGUGCUACACGGAGGAGAAGGCCAACAAGAUCAAGGCGGAUUACGAGAAGAAGCUGCGAGAGAUGAACCGGGACCUGCAGAAGCUGCAGGCGGCCCAGAAGGAGCAUGCCCGGCUGCUCAAGAAUCAGUCACGCUAUGAGCGGGAGCUGAAGAAGCUGCAGGCCGAGGUGGCCGAGAUGAAGAAAGCCAAGGUAGCCCUGAUGAAGCAGAUGCGUGAGGAGCAGCAGCGGCGUCGGCUGGUGGAGACCAAGAGGAACCGGGAGAUUGCUCAGCUCAAGAAGGAGCAGCGACGGCAGGAGUUCCAGAUCCGGGCUCUGGAGUCACAGAAACGGCAGCAGGAAAUUGUACUGAGGAGGAAGACCCAGGAGGUGUCUGCCCUGAGGCGUCUGGCCAAGCCCAUGUCUGAGCGGGUGGCAGGGCGUGCAGGCCUGAAGCCACCCAUGCUGGACUCCGGGGCCGAAGUCUCGGCCAGCACCACCUCUUCUGAGGCCGAGUCUGGUGCCCGCUCGGUCUCCAGCAUCGUGCGCCAAUGGAACCGCAAAAUCAACCACUUCUUGGGAGACCCCGCACCCACUGCCAAUAGCUCUCGCCCAACCAGGAAGAAGUUCCAGAAGAAGGGGGCCAGCCAGAGCUUCAGCAAGGCAGCCAGGCUCAAGUGGCAGUCCCUGGAGCGGCGUAUCAUUGACAUCGUCAUGCAGAGAAUGACCAUCGUCAACCUGGAGGCCGACAUGGAGCGGCUCAUCAAGAAAAGGGAGGAGCUAUUCCUCCUGCAGGAGGCUCUGCGAAGGAAGCGGGAACGGCUGCAGGCCGAGAGCCCGGAGGAGGAGAAAGGGCUGCAGGAGCUGGCAGAGGAGAUCGAAGUGCUGGCCGCCAACAUUGACUACAUCAAUGACAGCAUCACUGACUGCCAGGCCACCAUCGUGCAGCUGGAGGAGACCAAGGAGGAGCUGGACUCGACGGACACCUCGGUGGUGAUUAGUUCCUGCUCCCUGGCUGAAGCCCGCCUCCUGCUGGACAACUUCCUCAAGGCGUCCAUCGACAAGGGGCUGCAGGUAGCACAGAAGGAGGCCCAGAUCCGGCUGCUAGAGGGGCGACUGAGGCAGACAGACAUGGCAGGCUCCUCCCAGAACCACCUGCUCUUGGACGCCCUGCGAGAGAAGGCCGAGGCACACCCUGAGCUGCAGGCCCUCAUCCACAACGUGCAGCAAGGCAUGGAGAACGGCUACGCCAGCACAGACGAGGAGGUCUCAGAGUUCUCUGAGGGGAGCUUCUCCCAGUCUUUCACCAUGAAAGGUUCCACCAGUCAUGAUGACUUCAAGUUGAAGGGUGAACCCAAGCUGUCUGCCCAAAUGAAGGCGGUGUCGGCUGAGUGCCUGGGGCCCCCACUGGACAUCUCCACCAAGAACAUCACCAAGUCCCUGGCGUCUCUGGUGGAGAUCAAAGAGGACGGGGUGGGCCUCUCCAUCCGAGACCCCUACUACCGGGACAAGGUCUCCCGCACCGUCAGCCUGCCCACUCGGGGCAGCACUUUCCCCCGUCAGUCUCGAGCCGCGGAGACGUCCCCUCUGACCCGCAGGAAGUCGUAUGACCGAGGACAGCCCAUCAGGUCCUCGGACAUGGGAUUCACACCCCCAUCGUCCCCUCCCACGCGGCCCCGCAAUGAUCGCAACGUCUUCUCACGUCUCACCAGUAAUCAGAGCCAGGGGUCGGCACUGGACAAGUCUGAUGACAGCGACUCCUCUGUGUCGGAGGUCCUGAGGGGCAUCAUCACACCCGUCGGAGGCACCAAGGGCGCACGCACGGCCCCACUGCAGUGCAUCUCCAUGGCUGAGGGCCACACUAAGCCCAUCCUUUGCCUGGAUGCCACGGACGAGUUGCUUUUCACAGGGUCCAAAGACCGCAGCUGCAAGAUGUGGAACCUCGUCACGGGGCAGGAGAUCGCUGCCCUCAAGGGCCACCCCAACAACGUGGUGUCUAUCAAAUACUGCAGUCUCUCAGGGCUCGUGUUCUCCGUGUCCACCUCCUACAUCAAGGUGUGGGACAUCCGGGACUCAGCCAAGUGCGUCCGGACCCUCACGUCCUCAGGACAGGUGAUCUCAGGGGACGCCUGUGCCGCCACGUCCUCACGUGCCAUCACCAGCGCCCAGGGGGAACAUCAGAUCAACCAGAUCGCGCUCAGCCCCUCGGGCACCAUGCUGUACGCCGCCUCGGGCAAUGCCGUGCGCAUCUGGGAGCUCAGCAGGUUCCAGCCUGUGGGCAAGCUAACUGGCCACAUCGGCCCUGUGAUGUGUCUGACAGUCACGCAGACCGCCAGCCAGCACGACCUCGUGGUGACUGGCUCCAAAGACCACUAUGUGAAGAUGUUCGAGCUGGGUGAGUGUGUGAGCGGCACCAUCAGCCCCACCUACAACUUCGAGCCCCCGCACUAUGAUGGCAUUGAGUGUCUGGCCAUCCAGGGAGAUGUCCUUUUCAGUGGCUCCCGGGACAACGGCAUCAAGAAAUGGGACCUGGAGCAGCAGGAGCUAAUCCAGCAAAUCCCCAACGCACACAAGGACUGGGUAUGUGCCCUGGCCUUCGUGCCAGGCCGCCCCAUGCUGCUGAGCGCCUGCCGUGCAGGCGUCAUCAAGGUCUGGAACGUGGAUAAUUUCACGCCCAUCGGCGAGAUCAAGGGCCAUGACAGCCCCAUCAACGCCAUCUGCACCAAUGCCAAGCACAUCUUUACGGGCUCCAGUGACCUGACGGUGAAGUUUUGGAGCGUCCGGCGGCUGCCUGGAGGCCCAUCCUAGGAGCGAGACACAAGGAUGCCCGGACCCUUGGCCCCGGCCACCCGGAUGCUGGGCAAGGGAAACUGUGGUCCAGCCUGUCGGGGCAUGCCCUGGGCGCAGAGGCUGCAGCCCCUCUCCUGCCCCACUUCCUCUCGGCCUCCCACUGGGCACUGCCCCUUAGGGAGAGGCUGAGAGGAUCAAGCUGUGAAGCCAAAGGGCAUUACUCACCCCCUCCCGUCCCUGCCACCACUGGCCACGUGGUUUCCUGCCGAGCCUCCAGGGAGAGCCCUGAAGUCCCAGCCCCAGGUGCCACAUCGCUCCAUGUCCCAUCCCAGCCUAGGAGUCGCUGCAUCUGCCUCUGAGCCCAGCAGGAGUCCUCAGGCAGCCCUGGAAGCCAGUGCGGGCAGCUGGCCCUGGCCCCUCCGGUCCCUGACGGCCGGGCCUGGGCAGAGCCAUUGGGAAGCAUGCUCCGGGGAGAUGGGCCGGCAGACUAGUCAUUUAAUUUAUUAUGUUUUCGUUUUUGUUUUUUGCCGUUGCCUCCUGGAAACUGACUUGAAGUUUCUUCCCACGUGUUCCCCUCAGAUCUUGGGGCUUCUGCUCCCUCCCACUCUUUGCAGCUUCGGCCUGUCCCUGCCCCUGCCUCCACCCAACACACCCAGGGACCCUCCCAGCGUGCCCCUGGCCUCCAGGCCGCCCGACGCUGCAGUGCCUUCCCCAUCCUGGGGCCUGGCACCCGUGCUGGGCAGCCUUACACCAGCUAUGCCCGCCUGCCACACGUGUCUUCUACUCCAUGGGCUUCAUGCCCACCACCCCAGAGAGGCAGGGCUGGGUCAGGGUCCCUGCAAGGUACAGAGAAAGCAGCUCAGUGAACUGCUGGGGGCAGCCAUGGGGGUGAAGACCACCCAGAACCCCUGUCCUCCUCCGCGUCUCCCCUCCCUGGCAUAGUCAGCAUCAGCAACUGUGCUUUCUAGCCUUAAACCAGCCUGGGCACCAGCCCUGCCCCUCCGGGAGCUUGGCGAGCUGCUUUCUCCACUCCUCAGACCCCAGCGCCCUCUGGUGGGGCCACAGUGAAUUUACAGGAAUGGGCCUCAUGAGAGGGGCAGGCCCCUGCCUGCCCCCAACCUAUCUACACUGGGUUAUGUUGCUUCACUGGUCUUGAGUGACCCUAGCUCCGUUCGGGCAGCACCAUGACCGGGACUCGGCCAAGCUGGCCUCUGCCUUGGCUGUCCUCCCUCCGGCCUAUGUGGUCCAGUGAAGGCCAAAGAGGCCUGGCCACCUCCCAGGGCUGGCCCAGGAGCCAAGAAGGUCAUGGUGCUGAACUCCGGGCCAGCUGAGCUGCAGUAAGGACACCCUUGAACCUGGCCUCAGGCACCUGGACAGCCUCAGUGAUACCGGCAGAAGUC